UGUUGCAAAAGCUUUUAGUCUAUUAGUUACAAAAAGGAAUGGAACACAAUCAUUUGGAAAGACAACAGGAUUUAGGAAAAUAUCAAGAGUUCCGAAAAACGACAUUAAUUUUAAUGUAAUUUAUUUAUUUUUGGCCAAUCACUCGGCAGUUUAGCCAGAUAAAAUUUCGUUGCUCGCUGCGGCUGUUUUUUUCUUUCCACAGUAAUUAUAUAUAAUUGUAAUGUAAAAGUACUGUUUUACACAGUGGCGUAUUGAAAAGGGGAAAGCAUUUAAGGCUGCCGCUUUUAUUUUUUUUCGCGUGGAUCUCUACAUGUGACGUCAUUUACAUAUAUUAUUUAAAAAGCAAGGCGAAUAACAAUCAGAAACGGUUUACUCUCGCUCCUUGUUCUUCCUUGGAUUUAGAUGCGUAUUCAGUGAUCUGUUGAACGGAAAGUUAACUGAAAGAGUACCGCCUAGUCAGUACCACAUAGUUGCUUUUUUAAAGAAAAGAAAGAAAAAGUACAAGCUCUCCCUUCUUUGUCAAUGGUCAACCAAUUAUGUGAAAUCUCUAUGUAAACAACUGUUAGCCUGUUUAAACAUUUAUUGUAAAACUCAGUGCUUUCUUCCAAUCCAAAGAAACAGAAGCGGAUGCCAGCUGUCUCCAUCAAAUAACAGUGGUAGUCCAAAAACUUCAUCUGUUUCGGAGUAUAUAUGUUUAAGCUACAAACGUAAAUAUCCCAGGUUGAUUCAACUGAAUCCAUCGUUUGAAGGUAAGAAAAUGGACAAGGAGAAUUUAUCUAGGCUCCUAAAUGAUUUACAAACCAGAAGCAAGGUAACCGUGGCGUUUGAAUCAUGUUUUAUGGUGCUCGUUAUCAUCACAGCGUUUUGUGGCAAUCUACUCAUUAUUGCCGCGGUAUUCAAGAAUUCAGGGCUUCGCACCGUUACUAACAUGUUCUUGGUGGGUUUAGCCAUAGCAGACGUGUUAACCGCCUCAUUGGUUAUGCCAUUCACAGCCUCAAUAUUUGUACACGGCAAUUGGAUUUUCAGUGAGACCACUUGCAUAUUCCAAGGAGUUUUCAUCCUUUGCGUUAUUUGGAUUUCACUCCACAUGGUCACCUUGAUGGCUAUUAACCGCUACUUUUGCGUCAUAAGACCACGUUUAUAUAAGAAAUAUUUCACCAAAAGGUCCACAGCGGCCAUGAUUUCAGUGGUCAGCAUCGUCCCCUUUAUUCUGACCAUUUCGCCUUAUUUGAGCGGACUGGUGACUUACAUCUUCCGACCGGGAAAAGCCUCUUGUUUCAUGACUUUCGAUCCAGACCGCAGACUUGGAAAGAUUGCUUAUACCUUUUUCCUUCUGAUCAUUUACACCAUUCUGCCGAUGGCUUUCAUUGCGGUGUGCUAUUACAAACUCUUUUGCACUGUCAAGCAACACGCAAAAGCUACAAAAAACACAAUCCGCUCACGCCAAUCUGAAGGUUGGAGCUCUGAAGAAAUGCGAAUGACAAAGAUGCUUCUUGUUCUUGUAGUUGGAUUUGUUUUCUGCUGGGUUCCCGUCAUUACGGUGGAUUUUCUUAAUGCGAUAAUGGGUACAGGAAGCCUGCCACGAGCUGCAUAUGUUACCUACAUUUUAUUUGCAUAUUUCAGCAGUUGUAUCAAUCCAAUUGUAUGCUUGACGCUCAACGGGAAAAUUCGCCGAGAAGCUAAGAAACUGGUUUGCUUUAGAAGGCUACGUCAGGUGGGCGAUGCUGAACAAACGAUCGAAACAAACUUGGACUUGACAAUACUUCGUGUUAAGCAAACACCCCACCAAGACAGAGCAGCUGGUGAAGUUUCAGAAAAUUAAUCCGUGGACAGUUUCAAGGCGCAAGUGCACGGUAAUACCGAUAGAGAGAAAGGAAUAAGCCUUAUAAGAACUUUAUAAGCAUAAAAAAAACUUCAAAACCCUUUAAACUUAGUCCUUUCUCCUAUCGUCAUAGCUUAGGUUUAUCAGAAAACGGGAAAAAAAUAAUUUUCGACUAGGUUAUAAAGAGUGUUCAAAAUAAUGACAUGAAAUUAUAUCUUGGUGACUUCAGCUUAUAAUCAAAAAUAUAUAAAUGAAACCGUACCUUGCCUAUAGAAUUGUGGAACUUUUCCGUAGUUGUUUGUUUGUUCAGUUGCCACCUCCAUUACGAUACAUGCUAGGUAAUUUUCUUUUGAAUUCUUAUUUCUUUGGCCCGUGGCAGUUUUCGAAUUUUAUGGUGCAACUUAUCAAGAUUAGCAUAGAAUUAUCAGCUUGGGAUAUUAAUCACAAUGAAGAAUUAACACAAACUCACAUCAGCUGGACAUCUGCUUUUAAUUUGUUUUCGUGUUCAGCCUGUUCGAGUGAAAUAUCAAUGAGGAGAAGAACAAUAGGGUUUUCAAAUUAUGAAUUAACAGCCCUGGAUGUUUGUCAAGAUGAAGCUCCUAUUUACGUACUAAUCAGUGAUGCUCUUUACAUGUAGAUAUCAAAUCUUUGUUAAUGAUAUUGACCUCUUGGAUAAGCGAUUCAGUUUCUGAUAGAGCUACAGAUAUAUUAGUUCUGGAUGUUGAAAGUUCAUACCACGAAUAAAUGUCCCAAGGAACUUGAUCCCGAAGUAAUAAACACUUUUCGUGCGACGAGGGCUUAAAACAUGGCCAGAAAUUCCGGACAUCGCAACGGCGCACGCGCGAGGUUACUUGACAAUAUGGCCGCCAAACACUCAAAGGAAAUGUACGG